UCAAAAAGGCGCCGCGCAUUGACUGGCCGUUGAACAUUUGCCUUUAGAAUUUAGUGGUUUGAUUUGAUUUUUUGCGUGCAAAAUUGUGUUAAUAUUUGUAUGCCACUAACCAAUCAAAAUGUCUAUUCCUCCGUCGGAUUCGGUAAAGGUUUCCAUUCGCAUUCGACCGCUCAACAAUCGUGAAAAAGAUCGCGGUUGUGGGAUAGUCGUGGAACAACCAAACCCAAGCGAACCACAGGUAGUGAUAGGAAAUGGUAUCAGCGGCAAACCGGAAGCUUUUACCUUCAACUAUGUGUUCUCACCGGAUGACGGACAAGAGCUGCUGUACGAGAGCUCAGUGCGCCCACUGCUGGAAAAGCUAUUUGCAGGUUAUAAUGUGACUAUUCUGGCGUAUGGGCAAACAGGUUCAGGAAAAACCUUCACUAUGGGCACCAACUACGAUGGCCAAGAAGAUUCGGCAGUAGUAGGAGUGAUUCCACGAGCUAUUAAUGACAUCUUCGAUCGGAUUGGUUCAUCCGAAGACUCGAACGCUAGUGUAAGCUGUUCUUUUAUGGAACUGUAUCAGGAAAAUUUGUACGAUCUGCUAUCAACGAAAGCAAACCGAGAGGAGCGAGUAGUAGACAUCCGAGAAUCCAACAGCCAGAUCGUGAUUCCGGGACUGACGGAAAUAGUGGUAAAUUCAGCGGAGAACACGAUAGAAGCCUUAAUGCGUGGCUCGCAGGAACGAGCCGUCGGUUCAACGGCAAUGAAUGCGGUAUCCAGUCGAAGUCAUGCUAUUUUUACUAUCAAUAUAACGAAUAGGUCCAAGGGAGACAAACCAACAGUGACUAACAGUAAAUUUCACUUGGUCGAUUUAGCCGGAUCGGAGCGACCAAAAAAGACGCAAGCCACCGGAGAGCGGUUUAAAGAGGGUGUUAAAAUUAACCAGGGUUUGUUGGUACUGGGAAAUGUCAUUUCGGCUCUAGGAGCCUCGGGAGGACCGGUUGGGCAUGUACCAUACAGAGAAUCGAAGCUUACUCGAUUAUUGCAGGAUUCCCUGGGUGGCAAUUCGCUUACGCUGAUGAUUGCCUGUGUGUCGCCGGCCGAUUACAACUGCGAGGAGACGAUUAACACGCUACGUUAUGCGAACCGAGCCAAGAACAUAAAGAAUAAGGCCAUCAUCAAUCAGGAUCCGAAUCAGGCAGAGAUUCAGCGGCUGAAUGCUGUCAUCCAAGAGUUAAGACUGGAACUACUGUCUGCUACAGCAGGGAAGGAAAAUAUUCCUGGACACGCUAACCGGCCUUUGUCAGCACCAACCAAGCCCGGAAUAAUUCGUACAAGCAGUGAGCAGCUUACAAAUGGUGACAUUGGAAUCUCUAUGGAAGCUGCACGGCGUGAGCGGGAAAUGAUGGAAAAAAUUCGUACACUUCAGCAGCAAUUGCAGUCAGCCCUUCAGGAUCUGGCAACGGAUCAGUUGCGCAGUCUCUCUGUUGAAAAGAUUAUCGAAGAAUUGGAAGCUUUACUGGCCAACAGUCCGGAUUGUGAACUAAAGCGAGGUAUUCAGGAAAUAUUAGCUGGUUAUAAAGAGGAAACCGCUUCGAUUCGGACGGACUCGCAAAUAUCGGACUCAUUGCUUCACUCAGCAGCGGAGGAAUUCCAAACCCGGUCCGAUACGCACACCCAAAAGCAACUGAAAAUACGUGAAGAAUUGAGGCAACUGACAAAGGAGCUUGAACUGAAGGAGGAACUGCAUCGCAAGUGCCUAGGAAAUAUCUCCAAUCUCACAUUCACUGUUAAUUCGAGUAGCUGCAGCGGAGAUGAACGAACGGAAGAGUACGAGCUCCGAAUCAUGGAACUGGAAAAGCAGAUCGAUGAUCUAAACAAUCAGCUCAAUACGACGAAAAUUGUUGACAAAAAGUCGAAGCUUGCGGAGGAGCGUAGGAAAAAAGUCCAACAACUGGAAGCUGAGCUGUCAGAGUUACGCAAAAAGAGUGUUCAUCAAGCGAAAUUGUUACAGUUGAAGGAAAAAGAUACCCAGCGAAUCGAAAACCUUAGCCGAGAAAUUCAAGCCAUGAAGGCAACACGGGUGAAGUUGGUAAAAUCAAUGCGAGCCGAAAGUGAAAAUUUCCGCCAAUGGAAAAUCACCCGAGAGAAGGAGAUAUGCCAGCUUCGCGAAAAAGAUCGAAAGCUGAAAAAUGAAAUGGUUCGCUUGCAGACGGUACACGAUAAACAGCAAAACGUCCUGAAACGUAAAGUUGAGGAAGCUUGUGCUGUUAACAAACGACUUAAAGAUGCCCUCGAGCGUCAGAAGCAUGUUCAGGCACAGCGAGCUGCUAAAGCUAUCGGUAAACCCGUACGGGGGGCUGAUACAUGCGCCUGGUUAGAACAUGAGCUCGAACUGAUUCGCUCCGUUAAGGAAGCAUCCGUAACACUGAAACACCUGAUGGAUGAUCGUGCUUUGCUCAAUGCUAAACUACGCGCAAUGAAAGCCAAUCCGGAGGAAGCUGGUGCAGAGAAUAUCAAGCAACAGGAGCUCGAUUUGGAGUUACGCAACGCACAAAUUGCUGAUUUGCAGCAGAAGAUUGUUUCCACCGAUGUUGAUUCUAAGCAGAAAGCUAUUCUCGAAGGCAUUCCAUCUUUCCCGGAGGCCAAACAGGCUUUGAAAAAAAUACUAACAGUAUUCGCGGAAAGCCAAGAAGAAGCCGCUAAAAUACGUCUUCAAUUAGUAGACAAUCGUUUGACCAUCGAAUGUUUGGAGGAAACAAAUCGUAGCUUAAUGACAGAGCUCAGUGACACGAAACAACGCUGCACCGAUGAAACUCACGAAAUUGCUAAAAUGUACGAGGAAAAGCUGUCUAUGUUGCUGUUGUCAAAGCAGAAGUAUGCGCGUCAGUCGCAAGAAACAACCGUAACUUGUGACUCCAUUCUACAGGAAGCAAGCGACCGAAUGGAAAAGCUCCGCCAAGAAUUGGACUCAAUGAAGCACAUGAAUCAGAUAUUAAACAAGCAGCUGGAAGAGGUUCAGCGAAAUACGAUAUCCCGUCGCACGCGGAACAGUGCCAAGUCCAUGGCCACAAUCGAGUACGAAGAUGACGAGGAAGAGGACGAGGACGAUGAGGAAGCCGAUCAUGUUGGUGAUUCGGAUCUGGAACGUGAUCCAGACUUUCGAGCAACACCCCUUCGCAAGCGUAAAAAGUCUACCAGUGUCCGGGAAUCGGUAAUGAAAAAAUCCAUUUUGGGCGGUGCAGGUGGCAAGAAACGACCUUCGGCAAAGGACCCAACGUCCGAUAAUGACAGCCGCAAUAAUUCGCAUUCGCAUUGCACAUGUUCCUCGACGUGUUCCACAAAACGAUGCGGCUGCAAAAAGUUAGGUGAAUUCUGUGGCGAUAGUUGCCGUUGUCCACCAAGUUGUGUUAAUCAAAAAAUCGACGAACAUGACGAACACGAGGGAAACGACAAUUCCGUCGGCGACGGAGAACUAACGGCUGACGAUUCCCAAGAAAAGGAAAACAUUCCACAGAAUGCAGUGGUGCUAGAGAAACGUAUGUCUCAAGACGACAGUGACGACAGCCCGAGUGACCAGUCACCCAAGAGACCGAAACAUGACAACAUUUUGACGCCAACCUAUGUUUAUUCGGUUAAAAAACGAAAGCCCCUGCUGGACGACAUGUAAACCAAGUAACAGUAUCCGGUGAAGAUUAACACUAGAGUAACUGACUUCCAUUUUCAUCAAUCGUAACUCAUUUUAUAUUGUUUGCUUAAGUAUCGUUCUAUACGAGUGACCCUAUUUUUUUUAGACUACUUAUUGAUAAAUAUAAU